AUUCGACUUUCCGAAAAGUCAAGUUCAAUGAGAGUUAUCCGUCUUGAGUUGGAACUCUUCAAUUGGUUGAAUGAACUUCCGCCGAGUACUGUCAACUUCCGUCGAAAACAGCGCGCUGCUUCGAAGCUGUCAAAAUGGGGAAGGAAUACUGCUGUAUUUGUAGCAAUUUUAGGGGAAAGAUAGUCGGUGAAAGAAUAGUAUCUCUACACGUCAUUCCAGUAAGCAAGUCCCUACGACAAGCGUGGAUAAGGCGACUUCGGUUAGUGAGAAAAGACCUCACAGUGACCAAGCACACGGAAAUAUGCUCAGAACAUUUCGUGGGUGGUAACGGUCCAGGCAUAGGGCAUGAUGUUCCAUCGAUUUUUCCGAAGAAAAAUUACAGUACUUGCACAGUGUCUGAUGCUGACUUUGUUGAUACCUCGAAGCCAAAUGAAAGCCCAUUCAAGCAGGCCUGUGACCCUGAAUCUCCCAAAGUGACUAUGCAGGUACAUGGAGGGACUCCUCAGUCUGAUGAAAUUGAACAUCAUUCCACAACAUUCAGUCAAGGUGCCAGAUCCUAUGACGUUGCAUCAAUUAUGCUGCAUGACUACUGUGAGGCUGUGUGUGAAGACGACAUCAGUUGCAUAAGAUAUGGAUCAUCGCAAACAGAAAUGGUGGAAGUUAGAAGCAUGUCUACUCAAACUGACGAUGUAAUGUUCCAGUGUUUAAAUCCUGUGAAAACAUCCUGUGCAAUGACUCAGACUGAGACUGAAAAUAAAAAAGUCUUUCGCAAUCAAGCCACUCAAGUCAAACUUCCUGAUUUAACAUUUUUUGAUGUGAAGAAUGAUUCAGAAUUGGUAACCUAUUAUACAGGUCUUGUGGAUGCAGAAAAGUUUUCAUGUUUAUUUGACGAGUUUUCUGAGGUUCAUGACAGGGACUAUCCAACAUCCAAUAUCGGACGCCCUAAAUCUUUGUCUUUGAUAGACGAGUUCUUUCUAGUGUUGAUGCGUCUUAGACUUGGACUCCUAGUUGUUGAUUUAUCAAAGCGAUUUCAUAUUUCCAGAAGCUGCUGUGCUGAUGUCAUUAAUAGAUGGAUUGAUAUUUUGUACAACAAUUUAUCCUUCCUAGUUGUCUGGCCAUCAAUGGAUACUAUUAAUACAACUAUGCCUCAAGGUUUUAAAGAUCUGUAUCCAAAUACAAGGGUUGUUAUAGAUUGUACAGAAUUAUUUACAGAAAAACCUUACUCUAUUGGUAAACAGUCACAAAUGUACAGUCAUUAUAAAAGUCACAUAACAUUUAAAGCGCUUGUUGGUGUCACUCCAAAUGGUGUUGUUAGCUUUGUCUCUGACUUGUGGUCAGGGUCUAUAAGUGACCGGCAAAUAACAGUAGAAUCAGGACUUUUAGAUUUGUGUGAUGUAGGUGAUGCAAUCAUGGCGGAUAAGGGAUUUACAAUCUCAGACUUGACAACACCAAGAGGUAUACUCUUAAUAAUUCCACCAAAGAAACAUAAGAGAAAACAGCUGACUGCUGUAGAAAUUGAACAAACUAGGAGAAUAGCGAACUUGAGAAUCCAUGUUGAAAGGCACAUGGAACGUGUCAAGAAUUUCAGAAUUUUGCAGGGUAUAAUUCCAAUUACAAUUUCAAAAUCUGUAAACAAAAUCUGGAAAAUCUGUAAUGCUUUGACUACUCUGCUUCCCCCUCUUUAUCCUCAUGACCAAGAAAUUGAUGACAAUUACUUCUUUGAUGACAGUUCCUUGCUUGCUCUGUAAUUAGUAGGAUUAGCAUAAUCUUAUUGCAGCUCCAGAUGUGAAUGGUCACAUGAUAUUUUCUGCUGUAUUUAAACUUAAUAAUCAUGGUAUCAUGAUAACAAUUUUGUAUUGAAAACAUUGAGCCAAAUAAGUCUAGACAAAUAAGUCUAUUUUUGUCCAAUAUGACUAUUGACAUGACCACCUACUGGUUGUCUAUUUUUGUUUUACUUAUUGAAUCAAAGCAUUGAUAUAAAAAUCCUGACUCUUCAUCUAAGUAGCAAGUUGACCAAAGGGGGAAAAUUAAUCAGCCAACCAUUCUGUCAUUGAGACCGUGCGGGUGGAACGUUUUUAGCUCAAAUAUCCACCUCAGUUCAAGUGCUCUCCUCUUAACUGUGGUGUCAGUAGACUCAGGGUUUUCCUUGAGCUGUGCUAUGAUGUUAUAUCUAACAUCUUUGGUGCUGUGAUCAUCACUAUUGAAGUGAUUAGCUACAGGUUUGUCUCUCUUGUAGCUGAUGUCUGCAAAGUGUUCUUUCAGUCUAGUCUGAAAUUCUCUUUUGGAUUCUCAAACGUAUUGUUUCUUGCAUUUGUUACAAGUUAGCAAGUAAACUAUGUUUUUACUUGUACAUUCAAACUUGUGGAUUUUGAAUGUUUUGCCUAAUGUCGAGCUGCGAAACGUAUGUGUUUUACCUAAGGAGUUGCAGAUUUUGCAUCCUUCUCUUUUGCAACUCUCAUUUACGAAGUUGACUACCUUGCCGCUAAUUUGCGGUUUGGUGGGUGGGUGGGUAGUGUAGUACUGUCCUGAAGUAA